AUGGACCGAAACUUCGCCUUGCUAUUGGUGUCCUUAAUAUCUGCCAUCCUGUGGGUCGUUUAUAUAACGUACUACAACAGUCGCGUUCUUGGAUAUGUACUCACAAGAUUAAUUAACAAAUUUUAUUUCCAAGAUGAGAACUUCAAGAUUGGAUCUUUCACUCUUAAUGCUCUCUCUGGCAAGAUUAUGUUCCGCGACAUUGUGUACAUCAAUUAUGAUUAUACAUUGCGUAUACAAGAUGGGUAUUUGAUAUUCAGAUGGUGGCGGUCCUAUGUCCCCAAAGAUGUCUCUGAAGACCUUUCACACUCGGACACGCGCCUGUCGAUAAUGUUAAACGGCUUCGAACUGCACUUCUACAAUCGGUGCGACCUCUACAACGAGCUCGAGAAGACGUUCGGCCUAGAGCCAGUCAUAAAGGAGCGGAACGACGACGACUCCACCGACCGCGACAAGGCCAUGAACGACGCCAACGAGAAGAGGAGACGCGCCCAGGACACGGUGCGCUCGGAGGCCGCCAUGGCCAGGACCUGGCGGGACCUCAUCCCCGUCAUCAAGGUCGACGUGUGCACCAGCCGGGUGGUUUUCGGCAACAAGCUGGUCCCGACCACCCUCUCGAUAAGCGUCGAGGAGGCCCACCUCGUCUACAGCACCAAGCCGCCCGCCUCCAGCCUCGACCAUCUGAUGCACUUUGUGAAAGCCAAAGCGGAGAACUGCAAGGUCAUCCUGGCGCCAAGUCCCAAUUACACCGCCAUGGUCGACGAACCACCGAGGUACAUGGGCGAAGGCUUCGUUGUCAUGAGUUCCAACUACAUCGAGGUGUACUUCUACAUGGACGAGCCAGGUCUCGUGCCCGAGCAGCCUGUGCUGCUGCAGUUGGCCAACGGGGACAUUGUGGAGUCGGCGCCGCCCAUUUGGGGCGUCGACAUCAAAUGCGGGAAAGGUACAGACUUCAGCUACGGGCCAUGGGCGGAUAGGCAAAGAGAUCACCUCUUUAAAUUCUUCUUCCCUCCUGAUUACAAAUCACUAGAAGUGACACCGCAACCGAAACCAGGCGAUAGAAGACAGAUGCAGUCCUUCGACAUAAGGCUGUCGACGCUGAACGAAGCUACCAUAGACAUUUUGUUUACGAAGAACAAAGAGACUAACGCAGUUCACAUCAACAUUGGUGCGGGAUCGUAUAUGGAGGUGACCCUGCCGUGGAUUGUGUUACAGGACGGUUAUACAACGAAAAUAACUGGGCAACUGCUCCACUUGGAAGCUACAACGAGCCUCCAAUACAGAAGCUUGGCCGAAAGCGAAACAUUGGAGUAUACUGUUAAAUGUCACUAUCCACUGGUUUGGAACCACCACCAGUGCUGGCAGCUCUCGCUCACCGGCUGCAAAGCCACGGCUCAUUUCGUGUACACGCACAUCGAUUUCUUCCAAGACCUAACCAAUGAUUGGUCCAGCAAAGCCCGCCCCGACAUCUUGCAUUUCGUCCCCUACACCUGGAAGAUCUCACUUCUAUUGAAGGAAUGCGAAGUACUGACCGUUAGCAAUCAACACAAUUGGAUCGACUGCAGUUCAACAAACCAAGAAAACAAUCACGUCGCUUUCUGCGGCGACCUACUGGACGUGUCAUUCGAUUUACCCUUUAUUGAUUUCUUGCCAGACGUGAUCCCCUUGAAGAUUUGGGUACAAGGUGAAGCCGUAGACAUGAGCCUGUACUUACCUGAAGUCAACACUUCUAGACUACUACUGCUGUCUAUCGAUAAAAACAUGAAGCUAGUGCCGUGCCGGUUGAAAGCGUCUAAAUGGCGCAGGAAAUGCGUUAAGAGCCAGGGCUGGGUUGAUUGCUGGUCAGUCCCAAUCGUGGCCUUGAGCGUCAGAUACAACUACCACCCAAUACCACCGCUCGGGCCUGAACCGCAAGCUGACAUUACUACACCGGAGAAGGAAGAGAUUCUUCUUUCUCCCAUGAGAAUACCCCGAAUGAGAAAGCAGCCACAAAUGAAUUGGGCUAUCGACGGGAACACUUUUGACAGAACUUCGUUGGCGCCGGAUAAAGUGAGUGUAGAGUUAGAGGUGGGACCGUCCGUUCUCCUCGCCUACGGCACAAUCAUCACCAGUUUCAUGAAUUUGCUAGAAAAUAUUUUCGGCGAAGAUCAAAGGUUCACCGAUAUGCAGAAGACGCCAAACGUGGAGAAUCUCUAUUGGCUAAACGACAAUACAACUAAACUCAAUGACAGAAGCAGCGUAAACCAGCAUGCCGAAGUAUCUCUAGACGAUUCCAGCGAUUCGUGCAAAGAACCUUUUGAUCCGCGACGCUGCCGCCCACUAGAUGUGUCUGUGUCCAUUAUUAUUCACGACAUUCAAGCCCAUUUGGUGAAGAACUGUAGCGAAAACGAACCGCCGUGCCCCGUUGUCCUCAUCGAAAGAUUCGGAUUCGAAAUGGACAAGAGGUUCAAGGAGACAAAGCUCCAGCUGCUACUCAGCCCCUCAAUUCUUGUGUCGUCCAACAAUUUGUCGAGGCCCAACGCCAACAACACUGGCGCCUUGCAACAGGGACAUUUAAUGCUCUCCUCGUUUCAACUACGAGGGAACGGUUUCUUCAGUGACACGAAUCGUUCCGUGGAAGACGACACCGUAGAGUACGCUUGGAUGAUGGAGUUGCAACUCGGCCAGCUGACAGGUCGGCUAACAUUGCCACAGCUUUACCAGAUAGUUUCGUCUCUCGAAACCUUCUUGUUGCUUAUUUGCGACAGCGAAAACGAAUUGGUACCGCCUAACGCGGUGAGACAGUGCCACCAUGGCCUGAAUACUAUCAUAUGUCCAGAUACAGACAUAGCUCUGAAAUAUCGCUGCCCGACGCCGAACGAAAUUAAAUACCGCAUGAUACGAGUUGCGAUCGACCUGAUCGAUAUUUACAUUGCCGAUUCAAAUACGACAUUACAGUCUUGGCUAUCGCCUAUCAGACUGUCCUUCUGUAACCUUCACGGGUCAGGAUUUGGAACUGGAGUCACCGGUUUACUGCCUAACAUUAAGCUUGCUCUGUUCACGCAGACAAACAUGCAAACUCAUCACCAUUCCAACGGUAGCACUAACAGCCAAAACAAACCGCCAGAGAAUGAAAAUUGGGUCGGCGUGGGAUCCGUAUCCCUUGGGCCGGUGUUGAUUGAGGCAGCAUCUUCUUUAGCUCAAGCUCCAAGAAACCUGCAUUUGGUGCAGCAGAAAUUUCUUAAACUGCACGACGACAAAACGAAAAGGUUAUGGUUCUUGUGGCCGAAUGAGCUGGGAAAAGCACUCAGUGCGGUUGCACGGGAGGAUGCGCCUUUUUCGGCUCAAACAGAAACGGACCAAAUUUCCUCAAGCCAUCGCAGUCAGAUAUGCUCGAGGGCA